AUGAACCUUUGCGCACUUCGUUUUCGAAUUAUUUGUCGCUCAAGAAUCUCGCAAUGUCUAGUAGGUUCACAACAAAUUAGAACAUUUUCUAACACUUUAAAACGUAAAGGAGAAAACGUUGAUAUAAAAGAAAUCUUUAAUGAUUGGAAAGCAAAAGUAUCACAAGACGUUGACACUUCUGUUGAUACUAUCACUGCUACACCUCUUCAACUUUUUGCAAUUUCUCUGAGAAGAAAAUAUAUAAUAGAUGAUCUUCUUGCUACACAAGUUCCUCCGAAGGGAACGCAAAUCCCACCAAAUUACCAUUUAGCAUAUUUUCCUCCUAAAGCUUACGAAAAUGAGCUAGAAAGUGACGGAACAGAAUCUAGAUAUGCACCGCCACCACCCUUCUCAAGGAGAAUGUGGGCGGGUGGAGAAUUAUCAUUUAGUGCGAAUAACCCAUUACGUGUUGGACAGCAAGUUUCAAUGAGUACAAAAUGUCGUGAAGUCAAAGUCAAGCCCAGUCCUAGGGGUGAGAACCUCUUUUUAUGGUUAGAUAAAGAUAUUAGUAAUGAAUUAGGAUGGAGCAUGAGAGAGACCAGAUGCAUCGUUCACCGGAUACAUUAUGAUCACUCUUAUGUAAUUCAAACGGAAAAAUUUCCUGGAUGUUUGGUCCACGGCCCUCUUACGCUUACGUUACUCCUUGAUUUAAUGAGAGAUAAUCUUCCAAAUAAAACAUCGUUCAUUAAAUCUUUUACGCAUCGAGCUGUUAGUCCUUUAUUUGUAGAUGAAGAAUUUAAAGUGUGUGGAAAAAGAAGCGAAUCAGAUGAUCCGAUUAGUAAUUCUUAUGAAUUAUGGGCAGAGAACAAACAUGGCGGAGUUGCCAUGAAGGCAACUGCAAUUCUUGACAAUAUCUAA